AUGCCUCAGUUUGAAGAUAUCCUGCUCAAAGUUGGAAUGGACUUCAUCGGGGGAUUUUCCAUGUUAGCCCUAGUCUUCGUCGGAGCUGACCCGGGUUGGAAGUGCACAAAUCAGUAUGGGAACCAGACUUUGAAUGAUAGCUUGACUGUGUAUAAUGUAACUGAGACAGCAUCAGUAGCUGUACCAUUGCUAUACAAUAGCAGUAACCAAGGGGAGGAUGUGGUGGAAAUAGGCAAGUGCACGAAGAGUGGUCUUCCCUGUUCUGGCCAUACUUUUAACCCUGAUUUUACAUCCAUUGUAACAGAGUGGGAUUUAAUCUGCAACCGAGACUUUAUCAGUGACACUAUAUCGUCCCUCCAGAUGGCAGGGGUGCUGAUAGGUUCCCUGGUGUUUGGACAGCUGGGGGACGCUUUCGGUCGAAAGAAGGUGUACUUUUUUGCCUUGUUGUUCACCAGCAUAAUAGGAGCAGCACAAGCUAUUACUAAUGGAUGGAUACAGUUUGCUGCACUACGCUUUAUUAAUGGAACAGGGAUUGGAGGCUGUAUCGUCGCCGGCUACAUUUGGAGUGUUGAAUUCCUCGGUCCUAAGUAUCGCCCCGUUGUCGGUGGGUUAGGGCUGUGGCCAUUGGGAUCACUGGUACAGGUGCUGCUUGGCUACUUCAUCCGAGAAUGGCGCACAUUUUUGCUGAGCACUACUUUACCAGGACUCUCAUUCGUCAUCGCUUGGUGGUUUCUUCCCGAGAGUCCGAGAUGGCUAUUGUCACAAGGUCGAUAUGACGAGGUCGUCACUAUAGCCGAAAGAAUUGCGAAAGGCAACAAAAAACCUUUGCCAGAUAUGGAUGCUUUUGUGCAACAGUGUGAAGAAGAAAUGCAUUUAGCACAACGCGGCAGACGGUACGGGUUUUGGGAUCUCUUUCGGACCCCAACGCUUACAAGAACUACGACUAUUAUUAUGUUUAUUUGGUUUACAAACAGUCUUUUAGGCUAUGGUUUAUUGUUUAAUUUAAAGAAUUUGCCAGGCAACAAAUAUGUUCACCUUGCCAUCAACGCCAGUCUUUCGUACUUCGCUGCGAUUCUCAUACUCAUAUUAACAAGAUGGUUUGGUCGAAGUAGAAUAGUGAAUGUUUCUAUGCUUGCAGCGGCAUUUUUACUGAUUCCUCUCAUUGUCCUGGUAGCUAUUGGGCGGUACACGGAGUUAUGGAUGGUAGUAUCAGUGAUAUCUAACAUAGCAGCAACCAGUAUAACAAUAAGUUGGCAAGCCGUGUUUAUUCUAACCUCGGAAAGCUAUCCGACGCCCAUAAGGAAUCAAGGUCUGGGAUUUGCCUCCAUGUCGGCUAGAAUAGGCGGUAUCAUUGCUCCUCAGAUGGCGUAUGUGACGAAGUUCUGGCAGGGGACACCUUACGUCAUCAGCGUCUGUUUCGCCUUGGUGGCAGCCUUGGUUACAUGCUUCUUGCCUGAAACAAGACAGAAAGCGCUAGAAGAUGGCGUACCGCCAAGAUCUUGGUGUUUCUGUAUGGCCAAAAGGAAAAAGAGAUCUUACAACCGGGCUAAGAACACUGACGUUCCUUUACAUGAACUUAUGUUGCAAAAGGACGAAGGGGCACGUUUUACGGAUAAUAUAUAA